GCCGCUCAGUGUUCAGUGUUGAUUUGUCCGUUGAAAUUGUCGGUUGUUUGUGGAGUGUGCGAAAAACGCAGGCGGGGCGCAGAGAGAAGGCCAUUGAGUGCAUGUAAUUGACAACAAGAGGGUGCAGAAGCUGUUGCCACAGCUAAAAGUUCAACAACAAUGUUGCAGCACGCCAAAGGACCAACCAAGUACAACACUGCCUUACAACUUAAUUUAAAUUAGCGAAGCGACAGAGCAUCCUCAACAGCAACCAGCCCAACCACCGACCCUUGUGGCGCGUAAUGAGUAUACAUCGAACUGUUAAUCUUCAGUGCAGCGCUUCAACCCGUCAUCAAGUGCAACGAUAUCGUGGACUGCUGCUGGGCAUCCUGCUCUGCCUGUAUCUGUGUGCUGGCUGUCAUGCAGAAGUCUUUAAACUGGGCUAUCUCACUGGGUCGCAGCGACGACCGGGUAACCUGGACUAUCAACGACCUGGCAUUACCAUUUCGGGUGCCAUCUCGCUUGCCGUCGCCCAGGUCAACGCCGGCAGACUGGGCACCCUGGGUCACUCACUCGAGUUCGUUGUGGCCGAGACAUAUGGCGAUGAAGUGGCGAGCAUAAGACAGACGGCCGCAUUGUGGACACAGCAAGUGGCUGCCUAUAUUGGCCCCCAAGAGACUUGCGUUCACGAGGGUCGCAUGGCGGCGGCCUUUAAUCUACCAAUGAUAUCUUAUUACUGCACACAUCGAGAUCCCUCCAAUAAACUAGACUUUCCGACAUUCGCGCGAACUCGUCCGCCGGACACACAGAUUUCCAAGUCAGUGGUGGCUCUGCUGUUGGCCUUCAACUGGACACAGGUGAGUUUUUUGUACCUGGACGAUGUCAGCAGUCAGUACCAGCCCGUCGCGGAGACCAUACUCAGCACUCUGGUCAGCGCCGGAGUUAGUGUGCGAGACAUUCGCACCUGGAACACUAUUUACCAUCAUGGAUUCAUGGCCAAUCCGUUUGACGCGCUUGUGGAACAGACCCAUGCCAAUACACGCAUCUAUCUAGUUCUGGGUCACUACUACGAACAUGUGGGCUUGAUGGUCAGUCUACAGCAACGAGGUCUUUUGUCGCAGGGCGAAUAUUUCGUGGUUGGCAUCGACAUUGAGCAGUAUGAUCCGGCCAAGCCGGAGAAGUAUCUGCGUGGCAUGCUAAUGGAGAAAGUUGAGCCGCUGGCGGCGCAGGCCUUUCAAUCCUAUCUCGGCAUUGUGCCCACAGCACCCAUCUCCUUUGCCACGUUCGCCAAUGAGGUCAACAAAUAUAUGGAACGACCGCCAUUCAAUUUUCCCAAUCCACUGGGCCUUUUCGGCGGUGCAAAGCAGAUAAGCGCCGAGGCAGCCUAUCUCUACGAUGCAGUUCAUCUCUAUGCCAAUUCCCUGCUGACCGUCUUGGACUCCGGUGGCAGACCUAAGAAUGGCAGCCUCAUUGUAUCGGCCAUAAAAGGCUCACGCUAUCUAAGCGCUAUGGGCUACCAUGUUUAUAUCGAUGAGAAUGGAGACGCUGCCGGCAACUAUACGGUUUUGGCGAGAGGCAAACACCGAAACAGCCACAAUCAGACUGUGCUUGGUCUGCUGCCAGCUGGCACCUUUAGCCGCAGGAGCAACAACAUCAACAGCAGCGAUGCACUGCCCGAUUUAAAUUUGUACCGCAACAUCGACUGGGUGGCUGGUGUACGUCCAGCGGCUGCUCCCAAAUGCGGUUUUGGCGGCGAGAAGUGCGUCAAUUAUACUGGGGAAAUAUCGGCUGGCAUUGCUGGGGGUGCCUUGCUGCUGCUGGGUCUCGUCUCGCUGGUCCUGUACCGCAACUGGCGCUAUGAACAGGAAUUGGACAGUCUGCUGUGGAAGAUUGACUUUCGAGAGGUUCAGGUCCACGAAAAUGAGAAGGAACAACAGAGCCAAAAACCAACCAGAUCCACCCAUCCAUUAAUCCGCACCAGCCAGGUCAGUCUAAGCUCCAAUCCCGACGCUGACUUUCGCUAUACGACAAUCUUCACGCCCAUCGGACUGUACAAGGGUCAGCUGUAUGCCAUCAAGAAGGUGCGCAAGAAGUGCGUGGACAUCACACGGGAGAUGAAGAAGGAGCUGAAACUGCUGAGAGACGCACGGCACGACAAUGUGUGUGCCUUCAUUGGCGCCUGCACAGAAGCACCGAACAUCUGCAUCAUCAGCGAGUAUUGCACUCGUGGCAGCCUUAAGGACAUACUGGAGAACGAGGACGUCAAGCUGGACAAUAUGUUCAUUGCCUCCAUGGUUGCGGAUAUUAUACGCGGCGUCAUCUACUUGCACGAGUCCCCCAUCCGAUUCCAUGGCUCGCUGUGUACAUCCAAUUGCCUGGUAGACUCACGCUGGGUGGUUAAGCUAACAGACUUGGGUUUGUUUGCCUUCAAGCAGGGCAUCGAAGACAGCUCCACAGACGCCCAGCACAUGUCGGCCAAAUGUUUGAAGCUGCUUUAUCGUGCGCCGGAACUUUUAAGACAGGGUCCCUCGUCGCUGGUUAUGGGCACACAGCGGGGAGAUGCCUACUCCUUUGCCAUAAUCCUGUACGAGAUGCAUGUGCGUCGUGGUCCAUUCGGGGAGACGGGUCUGACGGCCAUGCAGUGUCUGCAGAAAGUGAUGCAGCCACAGGAUCAAGUGCAUCCGUAUCGGCCAUCGCUGCAGCCCCUGGAGACGGCCUUCGACUGUGUCAGCGAGUGUCUGCGCGAGUGCUGGGCCGAACGGCCCGAGGAUCGACCCGAGUUCAAGACAAUCCGUGCCAAACUUCGACCGUUGCGCAAGGGCAUGAGACCGAAUAUCUUUGACAAUAUGAUGGCCAUGAUGGAAAAGUAUGCCAACAAUUUGGAGGCGCUUGUCGACGAUCGCACCGAUCAGUUGCAAGAGGAAAAGAAGAAGACUGACGCGCUGCUGCAUGAAAUGCUGCCGCGCUGCGUUUCCGAUCAGCUGAAGAAGGGCCACAAAGUGGAUCCCGAGCACUACGAACAGGUCACCAUAUAUUUUAGCGAUAUUGUCGGCUUUACGGCCAUGUCCGCGGAGAGCUCUCCUCUUCAAGUGGUUGACUUUCUCAAUGAUCUCUACACCUGCUUCGAUUCCAUCAUUGGACACUACGAUGUUUACAAGGUGGAAACCAUUGGUGAUGCAUAUAUGGUCGUAUCUGGUCUGCCGCUGCGCAAUGGGGAUUUGCAUGCAGCAGAGAUUGCCACUAUGUCACUGCAUUUGCUCAGCGCCGUGUCCGAAUUUAAGAUACGACAUCGACCCACCAAUCGGCUGUUGCUGCGCAUCGGCAUCCAUUCGGGUCCAGUUUGUGCGGGCGUUGUGGGCCUGAAGAUGCCGCGCUAUUGCCUCUUUGGCGACACGGUCAACACGGCGUCGCGCAUGGAGUCGAGCGGUGUACCGCUAAAGAUUCACUGCAGCUGGCAGUGUCGACAGCUGCUGGAGCGACUGGGCGGCUAUCAUUGUCAGGAGCGCGGCAUGAUCUCGAUGAAGGGCAAGGGGGAACAGCGCACCUAUUGGCUAAUGGGCGAGGAUGAGGAGGCGCGUGUGCGUCGCACCUACGAGCGAUCGCAGCGGCGUGGUUCGCGUGCCCUCAACAAGUUCAUACAGGGCACCAUCAAACAACAGGCCCAGGAGCUGGCCAACGAUUGUGGCAUACGCUCAUCGCUGAAGCAAAAGAAUCUGCCACGCAAUUCACUGACUCGCUCCUCCAGCCUUGAGUCGCCCAAAAAGUUGCGCUUUGCCGCUGGAAAUAUGCUCGAGCAUCAUCGCUAUCACAGUGACGAGGCCUUGUUGGAGGUGGACUCGUACACUGGACUCCGUCGUUCGUCUGGCGGCUCAACACACUCACGCUACGAGGAGUCAACUUUGUCCUGCCAAAGCAUCGAACAGCUCCAAAAGCUGCAGCAAAAACAGCGACCUUUCUCCUAUCCAACGGCCAAUACGCCGCUGCUAAUGAAUCACGUUGAGGUCUAAAAUCUGAGGGAAUAUUACCUCUAUAAAAAUGUAUACAUAUAUAUAUACAUAUUUAGUAUAAGCGCAUAUAACUUAAUUAAUAGGAUAACACAAAGUAGCAGAAUUUGUCGUCAUUAUGCUUAGCCAAGUAUUAUUAUGUGUAUUGUGUGUGUGUUCAGCUCUUGUCCGUUCGCUUUAAGUGUUGUUGCAGAGGGUGCAUAAUGCCACAAUAUUGUUUAUACAAUGCAUUAUACUUAACACUGAAUGCAAAAUAGAAUAUGUCCAUUUAAUAGUCAGCAUUUGAGAUCGGCGGUGAGUUCUCAAUUUGAUGUGCAAUUUGUAGUAUCAGCAUAUUGUGAGAGUGAUUAUAAAUCUAGUCGUUGUAUACAAGAUAAAUACGCUAUAGUUUAGCCAAUAGGUUCAACUUAAAAAUGAAUAAAGAAAUCGCAAAAUCAAUUCAAA